AUGUCCACGCCACAAGAAGCGCGCCUGCUCCGGCGCCUCUCGCACAUCUCCCACAUCCUCCUCGUCCUCUCCGGCAAAGGCGGCGUCGGCAAGUCCUCCGUCUCGGUCCAACUGGCCCUCUCGCUCCUCGCGUCCGACCCGUCCCUCCGCAUCGGUUUGCUGGAUAUCGAUUUGACGGGUCCGAGUUUGCCACGGAUGCUGGGCAUGGAGGGCAGGGAUGUGCUGGCGAGUGAGGACGGGUGGGUGCCGGUGUAUGUCGAUGCGAGGACGGCGGUGCAGAAAGCCAGGGAGCAGGGGAUCUUGCCCGCGGAGGAAGCGGGCGCGAAUGGAAAGGACACAAUGGCAGGACCUUCGACUUCUACGACAACCUUCACAGAUCAGCCCUCUACGCCCUCCUCUAACUCGCUCGCACCAGCCGACGAGCCCUCCUCCGCCUCCGCCUCGACCUCCACUUCCACCACCUCCUCCGCCACCUCCUCCUCCUCCGCCGGCACGCGCACCCUCUCCUCCCCCGGCCUGCUAGCCUGCAUCUCAAUCGGCUUCCUCCUCCGCUCCUCACGCGAAUCAGUCGUCUGGCGCGGCCCGAAAAAGGACGCGAUGGUGAGACAGUUUUUGGGAGAGGUCGUUUGGGGAGAGUUGGAUUGGUUAGUGGUGGAUACGCCGCCUGGCACCUCGGACGAGCACAUCUCGCUCCUCGAGUCCCUCCGGCCGCUCCUCGCCCCGCAACAACCCAACGCCCUCCCUCUCCCCACCCUCUCCUCCGUGCUCGUCUCGACUCCACAAGCCCUGUCCCUCCUCGACGUCAGCAAAGAGCUCUCCUUCGUCCGACGCACCCACCUCCCCCUCCUCGGGCUGAUCGAAAACAUGUCAGGCUACGUCUGUCCACACUGCGGCGACGUCGUAGGCGUGUUUGGACAAGGCGGGGGAGAGGAUUUCUGUCGGCGGGAAGAGGAGAAACGGGAGAGGGGAGAGGUUGAGCAGGGGUGUAGGUUCUUGGGGAGGGUGCCGAUCGAUAGGGAGUUGGUGGGGUUGUUGGACGACGUGGCGGCUCAUGGGGCACCUACGGUUGGCGACGGAUCUCGAGGGGAAGGGGGAGAAGGAGGCGAGGGGAGGAAGAGCCUGGUGGAGCGGUACCAGGCGAUCCCGUCGUUCCCUGUCGUGCGUGCGAUCGCCGACACGGUGCGUGGGCUGGUGGACGAGCAGGUCGAGCGCGAGCGGGCGCAGGGGAAGAGACUCGUCGCCGUCGAGCGCGCGUCGAGUUCCGCUUCGUCUCGGGCGUAA